AAGACUAGAAGCAGGUGGAUUUAAAAGCCGCUGAUGCAGAAGAGGAGUUCUGGAGCGUUUCCAGCGCCUUCUUUGAUGUCCCACUAUGAAACUAGAGGCCUGGAGCUCCUGUCUGAUAUUUUGGACUUACCUCUGGUGCUUAGGAAGACUUUGUCAGCUGGUACUGGUCGGUCGCCGUAUGGUGGCUCCCAACAGGCCAGUGAAAUCCAGAAUAAAUUAGAUUAUUGGAUUGGCUACAACAGAUUAUAGCGUCCAUGCUUCAUAAGAAAAACGGCACCAGUUUGAUCAUAGAAGGUUUCAUUAGAUAGUGCCCUGAUGAAGUCUGGCAGCCAUGCUGACCAGCUUUAUUGAAGGCCUCCUCUGUUGCCUCACCUCCAAACCGGCCAAUACUGUGGUUCCUGUAGAAACCUCUGAACCUGCAGACGGUUAUGAGUUUGUGGAGGUGAAACCGGGCCGUGUGCUGCGGGUUCGACACAUCAUCCCUGACAGACCAGUGGUGGAGGAACCCUCGCUGGGUGGGAUUGUGAGCUGCAAAAGAAAAAUCACAGUCUACAGGAACGGACAGCUGUUCAUUGAGAACUUGGGUGAGAGGGCGAGUGCAGAGCUGAAAACCUGCCAGAAUGGAGAGACUGAACCCAACAGCACUGUGGAGGUUGAACUGACAGACUGCCGUAAGUCUUCACCUCCUGUAAGCAUCCCGGAGACACGGUCAGAGUCUCUCACCGCUGGAAACAACGGGGCCUCAGAGACAAGAUCAGCAGGAGAAGCACCUGCUGCAGGACAGGCUGAGCAAUCCCAGCAACCCCGGAAACGGAGGAGGAAGCCGAAGCGCUCUGUGGUGAUUGACUGUGAGAGGAGGAUAUCCAGCUGCAAAGGAACACAUGCAGACGUAGCUCUGUUCUUCAUCCACGGGGUGGGGGGGUCUCUGGAUAUCUGGGGGAGCCAGCUGGACUUCUUUUCCCGACUCGGGUACGAGGUGAUUGCCCCGGAUCUGGCAGGUCAUGGAGCAAGCUCAUCUCCACACAUAACUGCAGCUUAUACCUUCUACGCCCUGGCUGAGGAUAUGAGGCUAAUCUUCAAGAGAUAUGCGAAGAAGAGGAACAUUCUCAUUGGACAUUCAUACGGCGUGUCGUUCUGUACGUUCCUGGCUCACGAGUUUCCAGACCAGAUUCACAAGAUGGUGAUGAUCAAUGGUGGUGGUCCAACAGCUUUGGAGCCCAGUCUGUGCAGCAUCUUCAACCUACCCACCUGUGUGCUUCACUGCCUAUCCCCACUGUUGGCCUGGAGCUUUCUCAAGGCCGGCUUUGCACGGCAGGGUGCCAGGGAGAAGCAGUUGCUGAAAGAGUACAAUGCCUUCAAUGUGUCGUCAUUUGUGUUGCGUGCCAUGAUGAGCGGUCAGUACUGGCCUGAGGGGGACGAGGUUUAUCAUGCCGAGCUCACUGUGCCCGUCCUGCUGGUUCACGGCAUGCACGACAAGUUUGUCCCAGUAGAAGAGGACCAGCGCAUGACUGAGAUUCUUCUAAUGGCGUUCCUAAAGGUCUUGGAAGAUGGCAGUCACAUGGUGAUGCUGGAGUGUCCUGAGACUGUCAACACACUCCUGCACGAAUACUUCCUCUGGGAACCAGUAACACUUCCACCGCCAAAGAAGGAGCCCAAAACCCGCCCAGAGACCGCCAAAGCCCAAACAGACAACAUCAUCCCUGAGCCAGCCAAGGUCAGGCCUGCAACAGCCAGGCAAAACUAAUCCAACCAAGAGGAAUCAGACUAAAGAAUUGAAAUGAUCAAGGUUUAAACAUGCAAAUUGUGUCUCAGAGCUGUGUGUGAAUGGAAUAUAGAGCCAAAUAUGCUGAUUUACCUGAACCUGAAAACCUCUAAAGGAAGACAGCCAGGAGGCAUGCUGGUGAGAUGUCCAAAGCACCUCAGCUGACUCCUUUCAAUGCAGAGGAGCAGCGCCUCUUUCAAGAACUUCUCCUCAAAUAACGGAGCUCAUAAUCCAAUCUAUGAGACUGAGUGCAGAUACUUUGUAAAAGAUCAUCUCAGUCUCGUGUAUCCAGGAUAUUAUUUAUAGGAGAAUUUUUUUAUCUUUAUUCCAAAGCUAUAAGAGAGACAGAGUAAAUAUAAGAGAGAUUUACUUCCUGUGUUCUUCUUUGCCACAACAAACAGAAGCAAAGUCUGAAAAAUACAAAGCAGAAGAGUUUUACAGUAGCUUGAUUUAGAUGUACAUUUUUUAAUCUGUUGAAUAUUUUUGCACCAUCACAAAUUGCUUGUAAAAAUAUGAGUUGGACAUGUUAGUACUCGCUUGUCAUUACUGAGAUACGUAUGAGUAUUGUUAAAAAAGAUGCUGAUCUCAGGAGAGAAGUGAAAGUAAAUCUGCAGCUUUAUUAGAUUGUGUCCAGUCAACCAUAUUUUAAUAAAUAAAGCUUUAGGAAGUGAACUAGCUGAGGAUUUUUUAAGAAUUUUAACCUUUGAAAGAUAAGGUUACAAAUCAGUAAAGUGGUGCUUUUUUAUAGUGUUCAAUUUAAAUGAUUAAAAAAAAUUAAAUAUUCUUUUUAAAGCUUAAACACAAAGCCAUUAUUUUUUUCUGUCUUCACAUAAUGUCUUCACAAUAAUUUUAUAUUCUAUAUUUACCAAAUGGCUUUAAAUUUCAUGAUAAAAUGUGUAUCCUAUGGACAUGUGUUGAAUAAAAGAAGUUAUACAGUUGUCUUUAAAUUUUGGUUGGAUUUUCAAAUACUUUUCCUUUAUUGAACAGCUAUGUGUCGUUUACAAUUAAAUGUGGAGGAUUCUGCAGUUUAA